AUCUCCACGAACAAAGGGCUCUGGAUCCUGCAGAAUCAACUUUAACCCAGAUAUCGCAAUCGGUUUACUAUAGGCUGACCGUGGCCUUCUCACCCACUGGGUGCGCAUCAAACAAAUGAAGCCAAGGGAUGUGAAAAACAAGACUGUUCAUGAAUCAUUCAGCAUGGCAGGGAGAGAGCUUCCUGUAUGCCUUCGAGCUGUCUCUGAGUCCUGGACAGCAAACUGACGUGAUGUGCUCGUUCAGGGUUUGCCUCUGCUGGCCUACCCUACUUUGCUGGUUCUUUGCCCCAAGACUGAGCACUGCUGUUGGAUCAAACAUAACUCUAAGACUUCCUGAAAGAUCUUCUUGCAAACCAGGUUUUUACUGCCCGGAGGGAGGUGAGGGUCCAGUUCCAUGUCCCAGAGGAACAUUUGGACCAAGUUUUUGGGCCACGUCCAUAAACGACUGUAUCAGCUGCCCACCACAUCACUAUGGACCUAGAGAAAGCUUGAGCAAUUGCCUGCCCUGUGGACCCUGGUCACAGCAGCCUCUGCCUGGACAGGACAGCUGUACAUGUUUGCAAGAGGGUCAAGUCUUUCAGGCCAGUGACGGGCAGUGUCCAUGUACUUUGGGAUACACACAGAAAGGAGAAGACUGUGUGUUGAAGGUCUAUGAGAUCUGCAAGGAUGGAAGAGCACGUAACCAACAUGGAGAAUGUCUGGACCACAAGCAGUGGAAACAGUAUUGCUCUCAGCAGGUGUGUCCAUCUCCUGAGCUGUAUGAGGGCUAUGAUGGUUCCCUGGGACUGUGCGCUUGCAGAGGGCUGUCCAGGCCUGAGCCAGACAGGGUUGAGUGUGUGGGCUGGUGCCGGAGCAUCCUGAGUCCAGUUCUGCAGCUGGUUUGCACUGGAAGCCUUUACCUGCUCUACACUGAGUCUAAUCAACAGGUGAGCAUGUCUGGAAGCAUGCUGGAGACCGUCCUCAAACACUGGGACUCCCGUGGGAGCUUGGAAUGCAAUGUUCAUCUCAACUUCUCCAGGCCUGUGUACACAGUGCAAACAGGGGAGGCGGCCUUCUUUGGUCUGCUUAAUGCUGUCCCUGUGGAGGUCAGGAGGUUGAUUCUGGCCCACAGCCAGCAAACCAACAGCCAUUUUGGGCCUCUAGAUACAGACCGAGGAAACAUCAAAGACAAAGAGGAAGCUUGGGACUCUCAUUGGUCCAGUAAAUCAUCAGCGUUUGGCACAUCCAAUAUGAGGCCUGGAGGAGUCUUGAACCCAACAGCAUGUCUACAUCCAGGAGACAUUCUUCUUUUUACCGUGACCCAACAGCACUAUCCUCAGUAUGAUGUAGACAGCUUGUACAACACUAAUGCUGCGUUUGACUGGGGUCCCUUCAGAUUAUUGGCACAGGACCAAGAACUGGCACGAUCUGCCCACUCCCUUUUUUCCAUAAGUCUCCAUGAGCCCGGGGUGUACGCCUUCAAACUCAGCAGCCACCAGCAUAGACACAUGUAUGUGAAGGUAGUGCCUGCAGGUGGAGAGUGCUAUGACUCUGGACCCUUCUUCCCUUCUGACCCACAUCAUUUGACUCGCAUGGGCAUUGCACAGAGGCGCCAACUGCUGCUCCGCCCUGAUUGGUUGAUGAUCGGUGGGCUUUUAGUAGGAGCUGUGGUAAUCCUGUGCUUGUGCGUCACAAUACUGAUCCUGUUCAGGGAGUACGGCUGGCCUGAGAAACUGGCAUCUCAGGCCAGGUACCGUGAUCUGCAGCUCAGGUACAACAUGGACGACUAUUCAUCGAAGGGCUCCAGGGUGGUGGCUGUGAAAAAAACACAUCGAAACCUGCAGGUGGGGUUGACUGAGGAUUUGGUGCAGAGAGAGCUAGAAUUCCCACAGACUGUGCUCACAUUGCCUGCAGCGGUGGCUCUGGUGUCAAAUGAAUUCUGGGAUUACGAAGAGCAAGUGGAUCUCGAAGCCUUCAGUUCCAGCACCUUCUAUGACAUCCUACUCAAGCACAGCGUGUCUGUCACAAUACGUCUCGGGCAGCUCAGAGGAGAGGUGAAGCAGCUCUAUCAGGGGGUGCUGGGCAAGCUGAGUGAGCUCCACCCUGGCUGGAGGAUGUUUGGAGGGAAAACCAAAGGUCUAGAGAGGCAGGUGGAGCAGGAGAUGGUGCGACGGAGAGCACUGGGCAAUCAGCUGACACAGCUACUGGACAGCCAGCUGCAGAUCCUGCGGGUGGAGAUGAGAGCGCAGCAGGCCAUGCAGAAGACCUUCAGAGCACGACUGAGAGAGAGCGUGAGGCUUCUGAGACUGCUGGCUGAGGGUCAGACCUCGCUCUGGAAUAAACACAUCAAGCAACAUGUUCUGGAUCGUGUAGUUGUGCUGUCUGAUGAGAUGACUGAGAUGGUAUCAGUGGAGAGCCAGAGGCUGGGGGCCUGGGUUGUGCUUAAAGAGGGCACUGGAGCACAGCUAUUAUGCCCUGCUACUGGAUCAGUCCUCAGUAGGGAAGAUGUCAUCGCUCCUGAUGGAGCUGUUAGAGCUUGUGAUGCCGUUCAUGUAGACCCCCUCACAGGCCUAAUUCAACCCAACUCUAACGCCCAUAUGUUACUGGCCAGUGGACACAGCAUGCCAGUGCCCCCGGACUUCUUCCUGCACCCCCAGACUGGCAAACUACUCCCUGUGGCUGGAAACGUGGGCUUUGAUCCUGCUUCCUCCACCCUUGUCUUUACAGGCGAUGCUUGUGUGGGUGAGGUGGGAAAAUGGGACUCACCCCUGCUGCCUUUUAUUCCAUACCCUCCGUCCCGCCAUGCUGAAAUCCAUGCUGCUUCCAAACUACGGGGGCUUCGUUCAGGCCAAAGGCUGGUGUUUGGAGGACCCAUGUGUGACUGUGACACUGGUGUUUUGGUGCCUAUUCUGGCAGUCACCAUCCAUCCACAAACAGGAUUGGUUUAUCCUUUGGGAGGCGUGUACACGUGUCCCAUCUUGCGCCUGAGGCAGCCUAUUCAGAUUGGCUCUCCCAUGCUAGACCCUCGUACAGGCGACCUGGUGCUCAUCAACGGCGUCAGUCUUGAUCCCCAUACAGGGGCUGUACUUCCAGUUGGGGGGCUCCUCCUAGGCGAGUCCUUCAUCGAGCCCUUGAGCGGCCGGAUGGCGCGGGUUGGUGGAGGCAGUGUGCGAGGAGGAAAGGUGGUGCCUCAUGCUGGGGGUUUCCAGGCUCUGCUGGACAGCCAGGCUCUGGGCGCUUGCUUGCGGGUGGCGGAGCUCCUGCAAGGAUUCAGUGAGGAGUGGAGCUCAGCAACUGCAGAUCCACAAGGUGAUCUGGACAGAGUCUCAGCCGCAACGUCGGAGCUGGAGCAGGCCUGGAAAAGCAGCCAACGCUGUAUGUUGCAGAUGCGGAGUCGUUUUGAAGCCGUUCAGGAACAGGCCAGAGGUGUGGUGGAGAAUGGCAGUAGUGUGGGGGAAAUCAAGCUUCCUGGCAUUGAGCUCUCCUUGCCAGCUCUCCCCGGGUUGGAGUAUCCUGACCCUGGAGGCUCGGGUUUGCAUGUCCCAGUUCUGGGAGUUCAAUUGGACUGGGUGUCAGGAUGCAUGGUGCCUCUGGCAGGAACCAUGGAGGAUGCAGAUGGUAAAGGGCUAGUUCCCAUAUGUUUUGGAGCGCAGACUGUGGACCCAGUGACAGGGGUGCUGGCUCCGGUUGUGGGGGCCAGUCUGGAUGUUUGGAAGCGGACUGUAGUUCCUGUAACUGUGUCCCAGAUUCUGACGUUAGGAGAGAACCCAGACAGUGUCACGGUGGAAGCCCUCCAGAAGGAGAGCAAUGUACGGGGCAAUUACUGGCGUGAGCAGACACUGAAGGAAGAGGAGAUGAUGGGAGAUUUUGACAGAGCCGUUAAACACCAUCUCUCCACAUCCGUACACGAGUCUGACUGUAUAGACUGGAUGGACCCAGACAGGCAGCUCAGGGAGAACGCCGCUGAGAUUCAGGAAAGCGCUCAGUGUGAGGCCCAGAGAAAAGCUCUCCAGAACUCAGAGUUAUCGCUGCUUCUACCAGCCCAUGUGUUACACGCUCUCACAGGAGGAGACGAGGAUGAGUGGGAGCAGCAGUGUUACUGGCACACCGAGCUUAAGGCCAUGCUAAACCAAGUGAGUUUGUCCAUGGAGAGACUGCGGAGGGACCGGGAUCAGCUGUCGGCACAGGAAACACGGCAUCUGGAUGGGGAACUGAGGGAGCAGGAACUGUGGGAGCAAUUAAUGCAGAGACAAGCAGGGCUGGAUGCUGUGCUUUCGUCUCUCCUCUGUGCUCGUCAGGUCUGCCAGCUGCAUGCUGACACCGCGCAGUCUUUGGUUUCUGGCACAUUCUGGUAUAAGGAUUUUGGCGUGCUGCAGCCCAAGGGUGUCAGAAACCCUCUGAAAGUAAUAGCCAUGACUCAGCAGAAAAUCCUUCCUCUGCUUGAACGACUUAUUCAGCUGUUGGAGGAAACCAAAGCACUUGACCAGUCGACCAGCAUGCAGCGGCAGCAGAGCUCUGGGAAGCAUGCGUUCAGCCGAGAAAGCGCUUCCAGAGCGUGGACCGAAUCUGUGUCUGUUGUAAAAGGUGUCUCAACUCAGUCCUUUAAAGAUCAAAUGAAGGCUCCAUCUGCGAGUGAACAGAAUGCCAUGGUGCCCUCUCUUCCUCUGUCAAACCCAUCUUACACUCAAAAAAGCCAGGAAAAAACAAAGCUGAACCACAGCCAGGAUGUCCAAUCUCUCCAGGAACCCGGUCUGUCCACACACAUCAGUAUCCCACAGCUAGCAGAGGAGGACUGGACCAGACUAGUAGCGCUAUCUCCUCUCUUCCAGCUGAUGAAGGAAGUGGAGCAGCAGCUCAGGGAUAGUGCCAGAGAUAGAGGUCUUCUCAAGAUCCAGCCCUCGGGUGCAGGCCGGUCAUUCGUGGAUUUCAUGGAUGCCCAGUGGGAGUGCGAGGGAGAGCUGAUUCAAGUGAGCUCUGAAACACUCAACCCACGACAGCUUCUGCUCUACCAGCAUGGACAGUUUCUCCUCCAGCAUCUUCACUUACAUAAAAUGAUACCAGCAGUAACCCUUCAACUGGCUUCUACUCUUCCUUUCAACGACUACCAUAACAAUGCUUUCCGCAACUCUUUCUAUUAUCAGGAGGGACAGAAGAUUCUGUUUGUUCGCUGUCAGAGGUUGCAGUCAGUGGGUGGCCUCUCUCUGCUGCUUAUGCACUGUGCUGCACACAUUUCCACCGGUCAGAUGAGGACCGACUCCACUCUCGCUUUCCAAAGGGCCUUUUUCAAGGUUUUAAAGGUGGGCCUAAGUGAGCUGUUCCAUGCCAGACUGGGACAAACUGAUGACAAGAGGACAAAGGUUUUGGCAUCUGACGCAGGUCUCGAUGGUCUUCUGCUGGAAAGAGUGCAGAAGCCAAGUCCUGGGAUUUUCUCAGAGGAUCAGGUUUUGGGAUGUCUGCGCAAAUACAGAGAGGCUUCAGUGUUCCGCCAGGUCGAGAGUCUCCUGAAAGAGUCUCCUAAGAGCCUGGAGAUCAAGCACCUCAACACUGACCCGUCACUCAGCGACGGCCCAGACAGCCAAGAUGCCGCUUCUCCAUGAACUGACAAUUUAACUUUGAACAGUGCUGCCUUUCUGACAGUGAUAAAUCCAGCUUUCAAAGGCAUGUUAUAUGCUGCGAGGCAGCGGAUGGCCUUAUCGUCUUGGAUGGUAAUGGCCCCUGGACCGGGUUAGAGCUUCUAGUUUUGCUUCCAGUGAUGACCCAGCACAGUUAGAUAACUACUUUCCUGUACAAAAGUAAAAAAAAAAAUGGCACUAAGAUAAAACAUUAAAAUGGGCGUAAAACUGCAACAAGCAGACCUCUGUUUUAAUGUAGUUUUUGAGGAUAAGGGCAUGUUACAGAAUUUGACCAUGUUGGUAUCUACCUAAUCUGACUAGCUUCCACUAAACGACACAAAUUUGCACCCAGAAUACCAUACAGUGUGAUUGGACGCACAACCUCAGAGUGGAAUUUCUUAAAACAGGGGGGAGUUAAAAUAUAAUGAAUGAAAUGAAUAAAAUUGAAUGAAAAUGUUUAUUAACGCCCCCAGAGCCAUAUGGAGUACUUUUUAUGAUGGAUGGAUGCACUUUAUUUUGCUUCAAGACCACCGUUCAUUGCCACUAUAAAGCUUGGAAGAGCCAGGAUAUUUUUAUAAUGUAACUCCGAUUGUAUUUGUCUGAAAGAAAGUAUACACCUAGGAUGGCUUUAGGGUGAGUAAAUCAUGGGGUAAUUUUCAUUUUUGGGUGAAUUAUCUUUUUACAUUUACAUUUAGCAGACGCUUUUAUCCAAAGCGACUUACAGUGCAUUCAGGCUAUACAUUUUUAUAUUUUUUUUAAUCGGUAUGUGUGUUCCCUGGGAAUUGAACCCACAACCUUUUGCGCUGCUAACGCAAUGCUCUACCACUGAGCCACAGGAACAGGUAUUAGUUAAAUGUAUUAAUUAACUUAUUUAAUAUAAAUUUAUGAUUAUACUGUAAAUUUGUGCAAAUAGCAAAAGAAAAAAUCCAAGAUAGCAUUUCCACGCCUUUCCCAAAGAAGAAAGAUGUCAAAUUAACAGUUACUGUCUCAGCCAUUAGAAACUGCAGCAGUGUUAACUAGUUUUGUUUUAAUUUAAUGCCAGCGUAAGAGUGCUGUAAAUGUUUUUUUUUUAAAAUUAUUUUAUUUUAUUUUUUACAAAUUUUUAAAUGUGACCAUAUAUGUAAUAAAACCUUGCUAGAUUUACGAAGUUAAUAACUGUGGAAAUUCUGUGAAAUGGGACCAUGUAAUCACAUGAUUUAUUGCAUUUAAUUUAUUUGUGUUUAGAACCAUAAUUUCUGCUGUCCAUGACCGUCUCAACACAGACCUCUUGACCAAUUUUAGGGUCAUGACCCAGUAGUUAAGAUUUAUGGUAUUAGAUUAUGACUAAAAUAAAACGGCAGACAAGCAUUUAGAGAAUAUAUAGUGAAAUAAUGGCCUGAGCUUUGAGUUUAAAAAUAGAUUUAACAGUGCAAAAUGCUCAGGGCAGAAUUCUAAUGAUUACAUUUUAAAGCAGCAACAAACAAUCUCUGCUUCUUUUUUUGUGUGUGUUUGUUUACUAUAAAGCAGUGCAAGACAGUCCAUCUACACUUCUUGGGUGUCUGAGUGCGACUUUAACAAUCUUGUUUACCAAAUACUUAUAGGCAUAUAUGCCAUUGUAUUCAUUGUAUUGUCUUGCAUUGUCUUGUUUGAUUGCAUUUUAUGUAUUUAUAGUGGUGUUUUUCUGCUAUUCACAUUUGAUACAGCUGCUAUUUCAUGCCUGAAUGUCCCUGUAGGGAUCAAUAAAGUAUGUUUAUCUGGAGUAACAACAAGCGAAGGAAAGGAACAA